AUGAUUGAAGACGACAUUUACCGUGCCUCGUCGCAGUACCGACUAUGGUCAUACACCGAGUCAUCUCUGCAAUCUCUCAGAGCCACGACAAAUGCUGUUGCAAGCGAGCGCGUGCGCGCCGCUUUGCGCAGAUCGCGCGAAACUCAUCAGUCGACCGCAUCCUCCACGGCGGGAACACCACUACCGGAAAGCAAUACGGAAGCUAAGAACAAAGAUGAGAAGGAUGUCGAAUGCUUGACGCCGGAGGAGGAGCUCGUUCUCGUGCGAUAUUACUGCGAGAAGACGCUAGAGCUGGGAGAGACGUACAAGCCACCAAUUCCGACAAUGGUCCGGGCCACCGCGAUCCAAUACCUUCGCCGCUUCUACCUAACCAAUUCACCCAUGACAUACCAUCCAAAGUCGAUCAUGGCGUGUGCGCUCUUCGUCGCUACCAAAACUGAUAAUUACUAUAUUUCUCUUCGCCAAUUUGCAGACGGAAUCCCUGGCGACACAACCACAGACGACGUAAUCGCACCAGAAUUCCUACUCAUGCAGGGACUCCGUUUCACUUUUGAUGUGCGGCAUCCAUUCCGGGGACUCGAAGGCGGCGUCAUGGAACUACAAGCCAUCGCACAAGGCCAAGGCCAGCCAGCUCCCCAUCUACCGUAUGAAACCGCAGAAGAUCUCCAACAAGGAUUGCUGUCCAUCGCACCUCCUCCCGUUCCAUCGUCCUCAAUGUCAGAUCGAAUCGCUCGCGCCCACGGCACGACUCGUGAGCUGCUGAAAUCCGCUGCGCAGAUGACGGACGCCUACUUCUUGUACACACCAUCCCAGAUCUGGUUUUCGGCCUUUUUACUAGCGGAUCGUCCCCUAGCCGAGUUUUUGCUGGAUGUGAAACUUGGUGGUCCUGUCACAGCCACAAUCCCUGCCCCCGAAACUGACGAAAAUGGCCUGGUGAACCCUCUAUAUGAAAUCCGCUCCAAGCUGCAUCAUGUCUUGACUGAAUGCUCUACUCUUCUCCAAUCCUACACGCCCCUCUCAUCCGACCCCGCGCAAAUGAAGAGCCUCAAGCGCAUCGCAAAGAAACUAUAUCAUUGUCAGAACCCCGAGAAGGUGAAUCUAGCUGCUCAGAAACGGGAAUCCACCCAACCAUCUACUGCUGUUCAAAGUGACACUGGAACUAUCACUUCUGAAAGCGAAACAGAACGCCUAGCGAAAAAGCGGAAAUUGGAACAAGAACAGAUCGUCCGUCAGAACGAUGAUGUUUUUGGUCCGGAGUUGGUCACUCAGCGAACCAAGCAGUGA